AGGAUUUUAGCGGCAAUCGGGGCAUUGAAAAGCCGUUCUGAUGGAUUGCAUCUUUCGGAGGCGGAGGGGUUUCUUGGGUGUAGCUCACGUCUUAUAAUAUAUGUUUUCUGGGUUCCACCGAGGACUCCGACGUGGAAGGGUUUCUCGUUUCCGGCGGCUAUGGGGAUCCAUCCAGUGACUCUGAACCAUCUAUUGCACGAUUUCAGGCAUGGGCGCCUCUUACCUCGCCCUCUCAGAGGGUUCUCGGUCGCUCAAUUGUCUGGGAUUCUUGGCGUGGGGAUUGCUAGUGUUUUAUUGAUGUUAAAGGAUGGAAAUCUCAUAAGCUUUCCCCGGAUUUCGGCGUUCAUCUCGGCCGAGAAGUCAGAUUCUAGCGGGGGUUCGAAAUUGGUGCCGGGAUUGCAGAAUCUCGGGAACAAUUGCUUCCUCAAUGUGGUUUUGCAGUCUUUCGCUAGUUGUGAUCCCUUCUACAAUUUCCUUCAAAAUCUUGUCGACGGAGAUGAUCCAUCGAUGGAAGAACGGCUUAAUAGCAUGCCCCUUACUUCUGCCUUGCUUGCACUACUGAAUGAUUUGUCAGCCCUUCGAGAUGAAAGGGUAGUUGCUAGUCCACGAAGGGUUAUGCAUGCCCUGGAGCUCUACGUUACAAGCUUUGACUUAACAAGGCAGCAGGAUGCAGCUGAAGCACUUCUUCAUCUUCUGAGUUCAUUGAAGGAAGAAAUUAUCAGCAACUAUGUUUCACACUUUAAUUCUUUGGCAGAUGUAUAUGCACUUCGCCUCUCUAAAAUAUUUAAUUCAAAGGAGAGCGAAGGUUACAGGGAGUGGCAAAUAUGGAAACAGCACAUGUUUGGACCCUUUAAUGGGACUCUCGGAAGCAUUUUGACCUGCAAAAAUUGCUCCUUUCAGCUCUCGAUGAAGUUUGAGUUUUUCUUCAGCUUGCCACUCUUACCUUUGACAAAUGGGGAAUUAACUAUUUCAGAUGGAUGCACUAUCGAGGAUUGCUUGCAGUGCUUUGUUACUGCAGAACAAUUAGAAAACUACCAGUGUGGGCGUUGUUGUCAUAUGGAUGCUGUAAAACUUUUAUCUUACCAAGUAGAGAAAUAUGAGGCAAUUAUUCAGACUCUUAGGGAUUGCACAAAGUAUGAUGACUGUAAUUGCAAGAAUCUCCUUUUGCGGGAGGGCAUCCUUUGGCCAAGAGGCAUUUGUUCUGCUCUUAAGCAAUUGACCAUUGGUCGGUGCCCAGAGAUUCUUUGCAUUCAUCUGCAGCGAGCCACAAUCAGUGCAUAUAAUGAGUCAACCAAACUGCAGGGCCAUGUCGCAUUUCCAUUAAUUUUAGAUCUUUAUCCGUACACGGCUCCUGGAAUGGGAAUAGGCCUCAAUAUGUGCAAAAAGGAUAUAGAGAUGGGAGUAAAAGAAACAGUAUGCUUACCACGGAUGAAUUAUUUUCACCUUCCACUGACAAGGAAGGUAGUUUCAUAUGUUCAAGGUAAUAUAGUAGUCCCGUCCCCAGGAAGGAGAGCAGACAAUGUCUGUCAGCUUGACAUCCCAGAAUUAGGAAGUUGCUGCACUUCGUCCAAAGUGUUACCCUCUCGCAUUUAUGGUGAGGAGGGUACUAGUGGCUCAUCUCUGGGAAAGAAAGGCUGCAUAUAUAGCCUUGUUUCUGUUGUGCAACACCAUGGAAUAUCUGGUAGUGGCCAUUUUACAGUAUACAGGAGAGUAAAAGCAGAACCAGUAUGUGAUUCUUUACUUGAUGCUUCGAGGAUUGGUGAUUGUGUCAAGACAAUUUGGUUCAAGAUUUCAGAUUCUUGUGUUUCAAGUGUGCCAGAAGAAACAGUUCUUGCAUCAGAAGCAAGCCUCCUUUUCUAUGAGAGGAUGAAUAGGACGUCUGAAACUGCUGCAAUAUCUUAAACCUCUCUUUCUCUCUCUCCCCCUACAGUUCCAUAAAAUUUUCAGGUAAUCAUCUGCUUCUAGGCAAAAGAAGUUGACUGCUGCUAACUUCAUGGCUCAAGUACCCCAAUCUUAGGCAGCAACAUGUGUUUGAGAAAAGAUGGAUGUAAUGGUCUAGCCUCUCACUAAUCAAAACCAUCUACUUCUCCUAGGUUAUUACUACUUUUCCUAGGUUGUUAACCAACAGGCCAAAAAAAAAAAGCGAGUAAUUGCAGCUUACGUAUUUUAGCUUCAGAGAUUCUGGCAGCUUAACUGUGGUUUCAGAUGCCUGGAGCUCAAUGACAGAAAGCCAUUGAUUGACCCACGUUUUGUGUGCCAUGUUUGAAAAUUUUCAGUUUCAUUUGCUCAUCAUUUCUGGUCAUAGAUUUCUGUAUACAGUAACAAAGAUGUGAAGUGGUGGUUUUGCCGUUGACAGGCUAGGAUCUUUUGAAUCUGUUUUGGCUGUCUAGAGGUCAGGAGACAUCUUCUCUAGAUUGGAUUGUUAGACAACAUUCUUGUGAGUGUACUGUAUCCGUUCAUUGUUUUUAAAGUCAGAGGUACAUGUAACGGGGUAACGGCUUGAAUAUAAAUUUGUCCAAGAGUGGAAAUUUUGUAGUCUUACAGGUUUUGUUUCCCUUGGAUAUGUUUGUUAAGAUUGAGAAGUUGCACCUUUCUGAUCCAGUGAUCCUGUGUCUGUAUAUAGCUGUUCUCAACAGAAUAUGAAAAUGUCAACAGUGCUCUUCUCCUUA